AUGUCUUAUCAUGUCCUGUACGAGACAGCGUCAGGAUACGCUCUCUUCGAACGCCUGCAAUCUGAAGAAAUCGGCAGAGAACUAGACCAAGUGCAAGCUGCUGCCCAAGAUUUAUCGAAAUUUGGUCGCUUCAUCAAACUAGUCUCCUUCAUCCCAUUCAAAACCGCCGCACACGCUCUCGAAAACUUGAAUGAUGUCUCCGAAGGGGUCAUGAACCCAUAUCUAAAAGCAUUCCUCGAACAAUCCAUGCCAAAAGUCGGUAAAAAGUCAUCUGUAAAACUCGGUGUAGGUGAAAAGAAUCUGGCUGGUGCCAUCAAGGCCGAACUGGGCUACGACUGUAUAUCUGAUGACUCGAUACUGGAAAUCAUACGAGGGCUCAAGCUACAUGGCGAGAAAAUGCUCAAGCAAUUGAGUGAUGGUGAUUUGAACAAGGCUCAACUGGGUCUUGGUCAUGCCUACUCCCGUGCAAAGGUUAAAUUCAAUGUAAAUCGUGUCGACAAUAUGAUUAUACAGAGUAUUGCUCUCUUGGAUCAGUUGGAUAAGGAUGUAAACACCUUUUCCAUGAGAGUCAGGGAAUGGUAUUCAUGGCACUUUCCUGAAUUGGUCAAACUAGUCAACGAUAAUGCCCUGUAUGCUAAAUGUGUCAAAAUCGUUAAAAACAAGGCCAACCUUACCGAAGACCACAUUCCUGAAUUGGAAGAAGUCGGUGUAGAUCCCGCUAUCGCCAAACAUGUCAUCGAUGCUGCCAAGUCUUCCAUGGGAACCGAUAUAUCAGAUAUAGACAUGCUCAACAUCCAAUCCUUUGCCGACCGAGUCAUCGCCCUCGCCGAAUACCGUAAACGAUUACACGCCUACCUCGUUUCCAAAAUGCACGCCGUAGCACCAAACCUCUCUGCCCUACUCGGUGAAAUGGUUGGAGCCCGUCUCGUAUCUCACGCAGGAUCCCUAACCAAUCUAGCCAAAUAUCCAGCCUCAACAGUCCAGAUAUUAGGCGCCGAAAAGGCCCUCUUUAGAGCCCUAAAGACUAAAGGAAACACCCCCAAAUAUGGCUUGAUUUAUCAUUCCACAUUUAUUGGACGUGCUGCUACAAAAAACAAGGGUCGUAUAUCUCGAUUCCUUGCCAAUAAGGCAUCUAUUGCUAGUCGUAUUGAUUGCUUUUUGGAAACACCUACCAGCUUGUUUGGUGAGAAAUUAAGGGAGCAGGUUGAAGAACGUCUAAAAUUCUACGAAGAUGGGACUGCCCCCAAGAAAAAUACCGAGAUGAUGGAGGAGGCAUUGUCAGAGUUGAGGACUACCAAAGGUGACGAUAUGGAUGUUGAUGAUGAGCCAAUACAAUCCCCAGCAAAGAAAAAAAAGGUGGCUGAGACUGCUGAUGAGGGUGAAAAGAAGAAGAAGAGUAAAAAGUCCAAGAAGGCUGCUUCUGUUGUGGAAGAGCCUGUAGCUGAGGAAACUGCAAUGGAAGUCGAUGGCCCAGUAGUAGAGAAGGUCGACAAGAAGAAGAAAAAGAGCAAGAAGGCAAAAUCUGCCGAGUAA